AUGGAGAAGAGAAUCGGCAAAGGAUCUGACAAUGUUGAUGAAAAAGACAAAACCAGCUUUUUCUAUGGAUGGGGAGAAGACGGAGUUUACGCCCCAUGGCGGUUAGUUGUUGUCCUGGAACAAGGCCAAAUAAAUCAGCCCAAAGCUCUCAUAAUGGUUUUCCACUGGAUCAAAGCAAGAUUUAGUGCGAAGGAUUGGUCAUGCAUGACUGCUAUGCCAUCAACCCCGCUAACUAAACGCAUCGUCACUGGGACCAUUACAAUCACCGACUAUGAGAAGAAGCAAAGGAGACCGAGACCAGAAUUCGCUUCGAUGCCUGAAGACCAGUACUGCCUCCUACGGUCGCACCUUGUCAUAGCGCUGGUGGUUUUCUGUAUACUUUCCAUAAUACAGCUGUUUGUGCUGUUGAAUUGUUUACACAGCCGCUGUACAAGCUUGCCCGAUAAUGCAUCAUACUCUACGGCAACAUCUUCGACCUCGAGAUCCUAUAUAUCCUCAUGUCACUAUCGGUCAGCAAGUUUGGAAAUGUCAAAACCGCUCCCGCCUACACCAAGCGAAUUGGCUCUUUCACAACCCUAUCAAGUUUCUGCUACAUCCCGAUAG